AGCGCUCCGACCUGGCAUUUUGUACUCAAGUUUUUAGGGUUAAUGGUUUCAUACUUUCAUGUGUCUUGUGGCAAUAAUAACCUUAUAUUCAUAGAUUUGAGUGCACUACAAAAAAGCAAUUUCUUUUUAAACAUCAAGAAGUAGAACUUACCUUGCUUAAUGCCAUAAAUUUGUCAAUCAAUAUUUUUAGUCAUAGUAAUUAUUGAUGUGAUAAUUGGUGAUAAUUCAUUAUGUCCGAGAACACGACGAAAGCGAAACCUGACAAGAGGUCUUCGCCAUCGAUAAACAGUGACGAUGAAACUGAGCACGAUAAACGCUCGAGAAGAAAUAAACGUAGGAAUGAUGGAUCAGACUGUGAAGAUAAAAGUGAUCAUCACAGUAGACGAAAGGAGAGAAGUGAUUCUAAAUACUACAGGAGCAACGACAGUAGCAGAAAUGGAAGAGAUAGAGACAGAAGGCGACACAGGAAUGACAGAGAACGAACUCGUCGAAGUAAAGAUGAUAGGCAAGCAGCCAAAGAUGAGAAUGAUAGAUCGUAUCGAAAGAGUCAUCACUUGAAUGACGAUGGUUCACCGCGGAGAUAUUGGAGCGAUCAGUACUGGAACAAGUAUCCGACCAAUAAAGACGAAAGAAUCGGACAGCGUUUCUACGGCGGUCGUCACGAAGAGAGGAAUGAAUCGACCAAACGUUAUUACGACGAUAAAGAAAAUAACGAGCAUGUCGCGUCUACUGAUAAGAAACAGUCGACGGUAGAAAAUGACCGAGAAAAGAUUACACCAGCGCAAAAGCGAACGGUGGAUCUUCUGACGUCGAAAACUGGUGGUGCUUACAUUCCACCAGCCAAACUCCGCAUGAUGCAGGCGGAAAUCACUGACAAAUCGGGAGCUGCGUACCAACGAAUAUCUUGGGAAGCCUUAAAAAAGUCCAUUCAUGGGUACAUUAAUAAAGUCAACACCAGCAACAUCGGAUUAAUCACUAGAGAAUUGUUACACGAAAACAUUGUCAGAGGUCGAGGCCUGUUGGCGAGAUCAAUUAUUCAGGCUCAAGCCGCCUCCCCUACUUUCACACCAAUCUAUGCAGCACUGACUGCUGUGAUCAAUUCAAAAUUCCCUAAUAUUGGUGAGUUGUUGCUCAAGCGUCUAGUCAUACAGUUCAAGCGUGGAUUUCGCCGUAACGAUAAAGCUCAAUGCAUUUCAUCGGCCACGUUUGUUGCCCAUUUGGUAAACCAGCGUGUUGCCCAUGAAAUCUUAGCUUUGGAAAUACUAACUUUACUGGUAGAGACGCCAACUGAUGACUCCGUCGAAGUUGCCAUCGCAUUUUUGAAAGAAUGUGGCAUGAAACUCACCGAGGUUUCCAAGAAAGGGAUUGAGGCAAUAUUCGAAAUGCUUCGCAACAUCUUACAUGAGGGGCAGCUGGACAAAAGAGUUCAAUAUAUGAUAGAAGUUAUAUUCCAAAUUAGAAAAGAUGGAUUUAAAGAUCACGAGGCUGUGAAUGAAGAGCUUGACCUCGUUGAAGAGGAUGAUCAGUUUACUCACCUUGUUACUUUAGAUGAAGCAACUGACCCUCAAGAUGUACUGAAUGUUUUCAAGUUCGAUCCGGACUACAUUGCAACGGAAGAAAAAUACAAAGCAUUGAGCAAAGAGAUUCUUGAUACUGACAGUAGCGGUUCAGAUGGUUCUGAUGGUGAUGAAGAAGGCAACUCUUCUGACGAGGAAGAUAGUAAUGUCACAGGAGAAGCAAAGGAAGAUGUUAUAGUCGACAACACGGAAACCAAUUUAACAGCGUUGCGCAGAACGAUUUAUUUAACUAUUCAUUCUUCUCUUGACUUUGAAGAAUGUGCGCAUAAAUUGAUGAAGAUGCAACUGAAGCCUGGGCAAGAAAUUGAACUAUGUCACAUGUUCCUGGACUGUUGUGCAGAGAUGAGGACGUACGAGAAAUUCUUUGGUCUCUUAGCUGGGCGAUUUUGCGCGAUUAACAAAAUCUACGUGACGCCGUUUGAAGAAAUUUUCAUAGAUUCGUAUGAUACGAUACAUCGCUUGGAUACCAACAAACUACGUAACGUGUCGAAGUUCUUUGCUCAUUUGUUGUUCACCGAUUCUAUUUCUUGGGAGGUUCUAUCUUGUAUAAAAUUAAAUGAAGAAGAUACUACUAGCUCUAGUCGUAUCUUCAUAAAAAUUUUAUUCCAAGAAUUAUCCGAGUAUAUGGGACUUUCGAAAUUAAAUCAGCGUGUGAAAGAUGUGACUUUGCAAGGAGCCUUCGAGGGUUUAUUUCCACGAGAUGAUCCAAAGAAUACAAGAUUUGCUAUCAAUUUUUUCACUUCCAUUGGUCUGGGUGGUCUUACGGAUGAACUACGAGAACACUUGAAAUCGCGUCCAAAGCCAGCCAUAGUGCCAGAAUUUGUCGAAGACAAAAAAGAGUCGUCUAGUUCCAGCAGUUCAUCUUCAUCUAGUUCCGAAUCAUCGUCGAGUUCAUCGUCAUCGUCAUCCUCAUCCGAGACCGCAAGUUCUUCUGAAUCCGACGACCAUCGGAAGAAGAAAUCUGCAAAAGAAAAAACCCAAAAAAAGAAGAUGAAAAACAAAACGCGAGUGACGAAAAAGAAACAAGAAAAAACAUCAAUCGUGAAAGAUGUUUGGGAUAUAGAAACUGAUAGAAACCGUAUUAGCAGCUCUCACGAGACAAAUGAAGGGCGCAGGCAUAGCGAUAAGACGCCUAAAGACAGAUCGAGUCAAUCAAAACGAUCAACCAAACAAAAUUGGCACGGAGAACGGUAUAGAGAAAGUGACGAUCGGACAAACACGCACAAGGACAAAAAUGAUAGGCAUAGAAGGCAUAAGGAUUAGUGAAUAAUGACAGUAAUUUUUAUAAUGUAACAAAUAAUGAAUUACAAUAUCUCGCUGAUUGUACAUUUUGCCUCUAACGCAUCAAGAUCUUGGGAAUUUAUUUGAAAAGAUAUCCUCUAUUAUGAA